AUGACUGAAACCGCGAAUUUUAAAGAUCGUGAGGCUGCACUACUGUGCGAACUCUCAGCGCUGUACACGAAGUUGAACCAAGUUCGGGAACAACGUGUCAAGGUGGAACGAGAGAGCGGCACUGGCGGAGUAAACGACAACACGACGGAUGACGAUGGCAGCAGAAGCUCGAGGCGCCGUCAUCGAGUGCUACUGGUAACCCGCACGUUACCCUUUUGGCUUGUGUCGGAGGACGCGCAGUCGCAGUGGCGCGCUGAGUUUCCAGAGCACGCGAAUCUUGAUGGUGCUAUGGAAAUUUUUCAGUCACUUCAUGAAAAUUAUGAUUGUGUUUGGAUCGGGUCUGUGCAUGGCGAGAUCGAGCCUAGCGAACAAAACAAAUUGAAAGAACAACUACUUCAAGAUCGCAAGUAUUACCCUGUCUUUCUGGACAAGAAGAGAGAAAGAUUGUAUUAUGAUGGGUUUUGUAAAACCAUCAUGUGGCCGUUAUUCCAUUCGUGUCCGCCUACAACAGACGAUCAAAUUAAUCAGCAUGAAACAAUGGAAGGUGAACAGGAAGAUGAGGGAAGCAUGGAAAAAAUGUGGCAAGCCUACGUAGCUUGCAAUCAAGCGUUUGCAGAUGCAGUACAAGAAGUGUACGAAGAGGGAGAUUUGGUUUGGAUUCAAGGUUACCAUUUGACACUCGUGCCACAAAUGGUACAGAACUUGUAUCUAAAUGGCAACAUCUGUUUGGGCUUCUUUAUGCAUGUACCAUUUCCGUCGGCCGAGUUGUAUCGGAUUUUAAAUUAUCGCGAAGAAAUUCUGACUGGCAUUUUAGGUGCUGAUCUGAUUGGAUUUCAAACGUACGAGUAUGCUCGGCACUUUCAGAGUGCAUGUGUUCGUUUGCUAGGAUUGGAAAGCAGCCACAAAGGAGUGGAUAACAAUGGACACUUUGCGAGAGUGACGAUCUGCCCUGUGGGAAUAGAUGCUGACAAAUAUUUUACUCUGGUGCAAUCCGAUGCUGUUCAAGAACAGAUGAAGCUUUUGGAAAGCCAAUUUGCUGGCAAAAAAGUGAUAUUGGGCGUAGACCAGCUGGAUCAAACAAAAGGGUUAGUGCACAAAUUACUGGCCGUCGACGAGCUAUUUACGCAAAGACCUGAACUUGCAAAGGAGGUGGUCUUCUUGCAAAUUGUACCGGGAGCGUCCGUCGUUGAGUCAGCACUCGAGUCGCAGGUUGAGUCGCUUGUGUCUCGUAUUAACAGUAGGUUGCAAGACGUUGGAACAGAAGGACCUGUUCAGUUUUUGAACAAAGAAAUUGCCGUAGAUGCAUUGAUCGCGUUGUUUACACUGGCAGAUGCGCUCGUCAUUACACCUAUUCGUGAUGGUAUGAAUACGGUUCCAUUUGGGUAUAUCGUUUGCCGAGAAGCUACGAACAAACAUGCGCGUGUAAUUCUAAGUGAAUUUGCAGGUUGUGCCCAAUCAUUGAGUGGAGCACGACUGGUAAACCCUUGGAAUACUGAAGAGCUCUUACAUGCUUUGCAAGAUUCGCUUCAAGAUAGCGAAGAAGUCAUGCGUGCUCAUCAGCAUAUGUACAGCUAUGUGAGCUCAUUCACUUCGUGGCAUUGGGCAGAUAACUUUUUGGAACAGCUUCACGAAUGCAGCGAAGAAAAUGCACUGUCCGCGUCUGGACGUGAGUUAAGUCGUCGGGACAUGAUAUCUGCUUACUCGCGAUCGUCACGACGAUUGAUAUUUAUCAACUAUGAAGGUGUGCUUGCAGCCGAAGCUUCGAUUCCAGAGUUGGCAUACCCGCCGCAAGAACUGAUAUGGCAACUGUCGAUGCUGACAAAAGACCCGCGCAACACUUUGGUGCUAGUCAGUGCUCGUAGCACAUCAGUAUGCGAACAAUGGUUUGCUGGCCUAUCGGGAAAUUUGGUUCUUGCUGCUGAGUACGGUGUUUACGUGAAAUGGGUGGGUGAAAACGAAAUGUGGCACUGUAUGGUACCAAAUAUGGAUGCGAGUUGGUGGGAACAUGUUGUGCCGUUGCUGGAGUACUACACAGAACGCACUCCAGGUGCGUACAUUGAGCGGAAGGAGAGCUCAGUUACGUGGCAUUAUCGUGACUGCGAUUUAGAUCAUGGUUUAUGGCAAGCAAGCGAGCUUUUGGUUACGUUACGUGAGCUGACUCGAUCGCUUCCGGUAUCGGUAUGCCCUGGUAAUCGGUACUUGGAGGUUCGACCUCAAAAAGUGAGCAAGUCUACUCUGUUUGAGCGUAUUUGGGAGUUUAUGAAUUGGCCAUCGCUGUAUCCUGGUGAGGGCCCCGUCACAACGGAAUACUUUGGGGAGCCAGUAAACUCGCCAUCAUCGCCAAUGUUAAAACCUCGUGGAAUUGUUCAUGAUUCAAUUGACGAAAAUGGAAUGAGAACGAUGAGUCUGGAUGAUGACAAAGUGGAUAGAGAUUUUGGUCACACCGAUCGCAAGGAUUCUGGUAUGAGUACAGAUGCUUCUAUCAUAAGCCAAGUUGAUGAUAUGGACGGCAAACAUCCUGUUGAUUUUGUAUUAGUCAUCGCCUCGGGUGAUGAUCGGACUGACGAAGAUCUAUUUGCAUUCCUGGUGCCACCUCCGAUUGAUCUGGAGGCGUAUUGUCGACAGCUUGAAAAAGACGAGGUUGAAUAUUCGGCUAGCAGUCAAUCGUAUAAGAGUGACUUGAUCCCUUCGGAACCCAGUGCCAAGAAGUCAUCAUCAUCGCUAGUUCACAAUCGAGAUUUGCUCCACGACGAAAGUGAUAUCGAAAGCGAAGUUGGAACUUUGAAUGCAAAGAAUACGAGCGAUGCCAUGUCCUUUAACGCCUCACGACGACUACUUGGUCGAGACGGUAAGUCCGCUGCUGGACCUUCUGGAGAGCGGGGAAGUGCGGCAUCGGUGGCAUGGCUUCCGUCACAGUCAAAUGAUGCAGAUUUUCUUACGUUGGGAGAGAAUAUGACCAAGCUUACGCCGCUUGCAAAGCCAUCUAUUUCGGAAGGUGCAGCAAACAUGUUUCCUGCUACAAUGCUCAACCGACAGUCGAAUGCUGUUCGCGAUGAAAUUACGGAGAAGAGUAAAUUUACCCCUCGUCGUGACUUUCCGCCGUCUGCAGCUUUAUUUAAAGCUAUGAAGGUCAAAUAUGGUGACAACUUUGGCCUUCACAGACUUCCUGAUACACCGGCAGCCUGCUGGGCUCUCGUGUGUCCACCAAAUGCACGCGCAAAGCUUGAAGAUGGAGUGGGGCUGAGAAAACCGUCUUUCACAUUGAGUCCCGAGCAUGACAAAAUGGAAAGCUUGGUGGACAAGACAUUACACGAUGAAUCAGUUAGUAAUUUGUUUCCAGGUUAUAAAGGCAGUGAUUUAGCGAAAACAAAUGUUUUGAGCGGUGGUGCGAAGCGCAGUGAAGUGAUUGAAGAUGAUAGCGAUCGAUACCGUUUUCCUGUCAACACUUUUGUUUGCACGCUUGGCCGCAAGCUUUCGCAAGCACCUUACUACAUCAAGAAUUCAGGAGAUCUAUUUCAAUUAUUGCAAGAAAUGGGCAUGAGCAGUCAUUUGCGCAAGCGGCGGUUGCUAUCCGUGGGCAGCGCCGGAGACGCUUAA